CGCCCAAGUUCAUUUUGUAUCUGCUGGUGAUUGGUUAACAGUAUUACUCGCAAACCACCAUUUAGAAUCACUCACCGAAAUACUAAUCAACAGGCGUCCGGUAUCACGUGGAAUUGCGUGCAGCUUAGCCGUCAGUUGAUUGGCCACGUUGUUGACCGAGUGUGUUGAGAGCACACCAGUUUAGUUGAUGUUCACGAAUUAUGUAGCGUGGUGGAUCCUAAACAUGGAUUUUGUACAUACGGCUUUAACUCAGAUUUUAAUGAAUCUAUUUCAAAUAUACGAUCUGGUACGGACAAAGGAUGAUAGCAAGCUUCCGCCUCGGACGAUGCCGAAAUUCAUGGCUCUCUUAUAUGAUGGGCUCGUAUGCAAAGAAUCACCUUUACCCGAAUUACUUUUUCUCGUAAAAUCAAUCCAUAGCAAUUUUGCGCAACGUGAACAGAUACGAAACAGCUGGGGUAAUCCGAUGUGUGCCAAAUCAACCGGGAUGAUUUCGCGAACCUUGUUUCUACUCGGUCAACUCAAAGACAAAAAUGCCAGUCGGGAAUCAACUGUAUUGCAGCAAAAUUUGGAAUUGGAGCAAACAAAAUACCAUGAUAUUGUUCAGUUUGAUUUUGUGGACUCCUACGCCAACAACACCUACAAGAUUCUUUCUGCAAUGGAAUUUGUAUCCUCGGAAUGUCCGAUGGCUCGUUUUGUAGUCAUAUUGGACGACGACUUCUUGGUUCACCCCGUUAACCUGAUCAAGACAAUAAAUCAGGUGACCGAAUUCCAGUAUCCCAUUUAUAUUGCUGGUGAUGUGAUAAGCUUAGCUCAGCCACGUCGAUCCCCUUUUUCAAAAUGGUAUGUACCCUACAAUGCAUAUCCCUUUUACAUCUAUCCAGACUAUCCUACCGGCGGUACAAUCAUUAUUAGCAUGCCUAUGGUAAAACUGCUGUCCACUGUUAUGCCGUACACAGCAUACCUGUAUAUUGACGACGUUCUGCUCGGAAUAAUAUUACAUAAAUUGGGCAUUAAUCCAGUACAUCUGGAUGGAAUACACUUGUUUGCCAAACCUAGCUACACAACUGACCAAAAUUUCAUCUCAGCUCACGGAUAUAGUUCUCCCGAGCAACUGCGCCAAGGGUGGUCACUACUGAAUUUACAGUCCAAAUGUGAACAAAGAUGA